AUGUCACUCCCAACUCUUCGACGGUCCUUGGCUCGCAACAGAAACUUUGCUAGAUGUAUAAGUUCCUCUUCCUCCUCUGAUCCCCAGCAUUCAAAAACCACGUCCUUCGGCUUCCAGACAAUACCCGAAAAUGCCAAGGAAUCCAUGGUCAAAUCCGUCUUUGACUCCGUCGCGUCGAAAUACGAUCUAAUGAACGACGCCAUGUCCAUGGGCGUACACCGGUUAUGGAAAGAUCAAUUCGUGGGUGACUUGAAGCCUGGGCGUAGAGGCCCAAUGAAAUGUAUAGAUGUCGCAGGUGGAACUGGAGACAUCGCGUUGAGGAUACUAGACUUUGCAAGGGAGAAGUACGCAGAUAGAGAAACGAGUGUGGAGGUUGUAGAUAUUAAUGAACAGAUGUUGAAGGAGGGGUAUAGGAGAUUCAAGAAGACCAUGUAUCAUAAUACUCCUCAAAUAUCUUUCCAUGAAGCAAACGCUCAAUCUCUUCCAAAAGAGAAGUUCCGCGAUAAUUCAUACGACCUCUAUACAAUUGCGUUUGGGAUUAGGAAUGUCACGUCUAUUCCUGCUGUUUUAGAUGAAGCGUAUCGUGUGCUCAAACCCGGAGCGACGUUUGCUUGUUUGGAGUUUAAUAAAGUGGAUAAUCCGCUGCUGGGAACACUAUACGACCAGUACUCCUUCCACAUCAUUCCUCUCCUCGGGACCAUCCUCACCGGCGACCGUGCAUCAUACCAAUAUCUCGUCGAGUCCAUCCGUAAAUUCCCCGCCCAGCCGAACUUUGCGCAGAUGAUCAGAGACGCUGGGUUCGUCACGGGUAAAGACAUCGAUGGGGGUGCAUGGACGAAUCUUUGGGGUGGGGUGGCUUGUGUACAUACAGGGGUUAAAAUUUAA